AUGACAGAUGAUGCCGACGCCCUCGUCGGCGUUUCUUGUAGGAGCAACGCCAGAGCACCACCGGCUCUGAGGAUGGAUGCUAAGGGCUUCGGCCGGCCGAGCUCUACAUCUGAGGGGAAGACUAAAGCUACGCGUUCGAGCAAGGUGGCGGGUUUCGGUGGUAAGCCUGUCUCCAAGAUGCCCCGGGUCAGCGGCGGCGGCGGGAACAAGAAAUCGACAGCACCGGCGAAGGCAGCCCGAGUCGGAGCUGGCACCAAAGCGGCAACAACUGGCGCCACGGUUCAGGAGGAAGUCAUGCGGCAGACGGAGGAGUCCAUCCGACGCAGCAUGGACAAGCUCAAAACGGCCCAGCCCUUCGUGUGGGAGGCGCUCGAGCUGAAGAAGAGGCUGGCGCUGUGGCAGGCACAGACGGUCGGCCUCAACAUCCUACAGCUCUCGGAGCUACCCCCUCGACAAGUCCAGGAAAUGAAAGACGCCGAGGCGCAAGUCAGGAGGCUCCAGGAGGAGCAUGGCAUCACUGAUCGUCUCCUACACAACAUUGCCCAAGAAGCGACAUGGGAUGCUUCAGCCAGGGUCAAGGACGAGCGUCAGGUGAACGUCCAGCUACCGCCCUCGGCCGUGGAGCACAUGCAGGCCGUGGUCCAACGAUCGGAGGCCGCGGGCGACUCGAGAGUGAUGGACGUAGGGGCCGGCACCGGGAUCCUCCUCCGGUUCUUGCAGGGCGCCGGCGUCAAGCAGGAGAAAUACGUCGGGGUGUACCUUUCGUCCGUCAUGAUCGACGUGGCGAGCAAGCGCUACCCCCACGCCACCUUCCUCAAGCGUAAAGAGAACAGCAAAACACGAACCCCGAAUCAGGCCGACUUCCUUGACUACUGCGGAGACCACCUAUUGUCCGGCGGCGAAGGGUUCUCCCACGUGUUCUUCAACGGCUGCCUCCACAACUUCCUCGAGCCCGGGGAGGCCCUGUCGGACGCGGCCAAGCUUCUGAAAGAGGGAGGCAAGAUCGUCAUCAGUCAUCCCAAGGGAGCGGCCAACGUCGACAUGCAGCGGCGGUCGAACCCCUUGCUCGUGCCCAACCGGCUGCCGACCGCGGCGGACCUUCAAAAGGCCUGCGGGGCGAUUCCGUCCCUGAAAGCUGCGGGUAUUCAGGUUCAAGACGGGGGACGGCGGCGGUCGGGACUGGGGUACCUGCAGGUUUUGCAAAAGCCGUGA